AUGGCAGCUAUUUACACUAUACUGGUGUUAUUCCUGGCAGUUUUUGUUGCUGGAUUUAUAUUGCUGAUCAUGGGGGCAAUUAAUUUUGAUUUCUCCAACUCUGAAAUUCCUCCUGGAAUGAAUCAACCUGUGAAGCUCCGAAUCAUUCAUAUCAUUUUAAUAUGCAUAGCUGUGGUGGGAAAGAUUUUAGAAAAGAUUGGUAUCUGCAGUCAGAUUAACUUUGUCCGGUACAUGCAAGGUGUAAGGACUCUGGGAGCAGACCAGAAGCUCUUCAUCAAGGACCUGUGUUUUGGGAAAGUGCCUGUAAGGAUUUAUCAGCCUAAGGCUCCAUCUUCCAGCCAAAGGAGGGGAGUUAUGUUUUUCCAUGGAGGAGGAUGGACACUUGGAAGUGUUGACACCCAUGAAAACCUAUGCCGCUCUCUUGCCCGAGGAAGUGACUCAGUGGUUGUAUCUGUUGGGUACCGCUUAGCUCCUGAACACAAAUACCCUGCUGCGUAUGAAGACUGUCUUAAUGCUACCAUACACUUCAUGAGGAACACAGAGCACUACGGGGUGGACCCUGCCCGUAUAAGUGUCUGUGGGGACAGUGCAGGGGGCAAUCUAGCAGCUGCUGUUAGCCAGACCCUGGCAGGUAGAUCAGACCUCCCAAAGCUACGUGCUCAGAUCUUGAUCUACCCACACCUUCAGGCACUGGACUUCAAUUUACCAUCCUAUCAGCAAAAUCAGGGAGUCCCUCUCUUAUUCCGAGAACGUGCUGCUUUUUUUGCUUUGCAGUACCUAAAUGGGGAUACAUCACAUAUGGAAGAGGUCUUGGAGGGCUCUCAUAUUCCUAUAGAUAUUAAAUUAAAUUAUAAGAAGUGGGUGAGUGCAGACAACAUCCCUGAAAAAUUUAAGGUCAGAGGCUACAAACCAUAUGUGCUACUUGACUGUCCAACUGUAGUUUAUGAGACAAUGAAAAGAUUCUGUGAGCCCAACCUGUGUCCCCUGCUAGCUGAAGAUUCUAUUGUUCGCCAGCUGCCAGAGUCUUUCAUCUUGACUUGUGAGUAUGAUGUGCUGAGGGACGAUGGCUUGCUGUACAAGAAGAGACUGGAGGACAAUGGAGUUCGAGUGACCUGGUACCACCUUGAGGAUGGAUUCCAUGGAAUCAUGAGCUUUUCUCAUAGUAACUGGAUGUCCUUUUCAUCUGGAGAAAGGGGUCUCAACAAUAUUGUGAACUUCCUAAAAAGCUUAUAGAAACAAAUUUCUUUCCUUCCAUAAGAAUUACCAAUUUUCUGUGGUCAUUUGUGCUUCUAAAUUCCAUGUAAGAGGUUUAGGUAGGACAGUUUCAGAGCAAUUAUGCCAGAGUGAUCACUCCAACAGUAUAUUUAAAGAAUGUUGUGAAAGUUUACUUUAGUGCUGUUUCAAAUGUUCCAUAUGCAGUCUCUAUUUUAAUGAUCUAUUUGGACUAGGCACUUGCUGCUUUCUCUGUAAAUAUUAAAGAUGCAGUAAAAUUUUAAAUCAA